GAAGAAGAAAGAAAUUGAAGCAAAAAAAAAAAGUAAGGAAAACGCGUUUUCUCUAAACGACUCUGUUGAACACUUGAACUUCAAUCGUCUUUCUCUCUCUCCAUUUCUUCUUUCUUUCUCGCCCACCCACCAAAUUUGGGGCAGGUUAGGGUUAGGGUUUCAAGGGAGAAAACCCCUCUCUCUCUUCAUCUUCACCUACUUAGAGAAAAAGGGGUUUAGGGCUUUUAUACAGCCCUCCAAAGGGUGCUCAAAGAUGGUUUCUUUUCUCUAUUCAGUGAUCAAAUGGCAUUUUUUAGAUAAACGACUUUGCCUGCUUUUACUCCUGUUCCUUUCAUACCUCUGGAACGGUGUUGUUUUAGCUGGUUCUGAUGAUGAAUCGGUGCUGAUUCAGUUCAAGAACUCACUGAACGACCCAUCUGGUUUGCUGUCCAGCUGGAAUGGAAAUCUGAACAAAGACAACCACUCCAAUCACUGCUCCUGGUUUGGCGUGUUUUGUGACUCCAAUUUUCGUGUUGUUUCGCUCAACAUUUCCGGGGAUGGCAAAGAAGGUAAUUCGAGUGAAAAUGAAAUUGGUUUUCAGUUUUCUUGUUCCGAUUAUACUCAGUUUCCAAUUUAUGGAUUUGGCGUUAGAAGAAAUUGUAGAGGUAUUAAAGGAAAGUUGAGUGGAAAAUUGUUGUCUGCUAUUGCUGAUCUUACUGAACUUAGAAUUUUGUCUCUUCCAUUUAACGGGUUAGAUGGUGAGAUUCCCAAAGAAAUUUGGGGCAUGAAAAAUUUGGAGGUUCUUGAUCUAGAAGGCAAUAUGUUGAAUGGAUAUCUUCCUUAUUCAUUUUCCGGGCUAAAAAAGUUGAGGGUCCUUAACUUGGGGUUUAAUAGAAUAGCUGGUGAGAUACCGGCUUCUUUCUCAGAUCUUGUGAGUUUGGAAGUGUUGAACUUGGCCGGUAAUCAGGUGAAUGGAACAGUUCAUGCUUUUCUUGGGAGGUUGAGAGGGGUGUAUUUGUCAUUUAAUAAUCUUGGUGGGUCCCUGCCGAGUGAAAUUGGAGAGAAGUGUGAGAACCUUCAGCAUUUGGAUUUGUCAGGGAAUUACUUGGUUGGUGAAAUUCCGCAGAGUUUGGGGAAGUGUUUUCAGUUGCGAUCCUUGUUGUUGAAUUCCAAUAUGUUGGAGGAAGUUAUUCCAGCCAAAUUGGGUAUGCUUCAGAAUCUUGAAGUGUUAGAUGUGUCAAGGAAUAGUCUUAGCGGCUCGAUACCGGUUGAGAUAGGAAACUGCACCAAAUUGACUGUUCUUGUGCUUUCAAAUCUAUUUGAUACAUUUGAGAAUGUUCGGAGUGCAAGAGGGGAUUCUCCAGUUGAGCAAUCAAGUUCCAUGUAUGAUGAUUUGAACUUUUAUCAAGGUGGAUUUCCUGAGGCAGUUGCAUCUCUUCCAAACUUGAGGAUAUUGUGGGCACCACGGGCAACACUUGAGGGCAAAUUACCAAGCAAUUGGGGUAUUUGUGACCACUUGGAGAUGCUUAAUUUGGGCCACAAUUUUUUCACUGGAGAUAUCCCUGGUGCACUUGGUCACUGCAACAAAAUUCAUUUCCUUGACUUGAGCUCAAAUCAGCUUACUGGAGAGCUUGCUGAGGAACUCCCAGUGCCUUGUUUGACUCUCUUUGAUGUCAGUGGAAACUCUCUGUCAGGUUUAAUCCCAACAUUUUAUAGUAGGGCCUGUCCUCCUGUGCCUUUCUUAGAAGGGAGCCUCUUUGAAACCUAUGACCCACCUACAGCAUAUUUAUUAUUUUUAACAAACAAAGCUCAGGUUGGAACCCCUUUGCCAUUACUAGGAGGAGAUAAUAUCCUUGCAGUAUUUCACAAUUUUGGAGUGAAUAAUUUCACUGGCAGUCUGCCGUCCAUGGCAAUUGCACCUGAAAGAUUGGGGAAGCAAACUGCUUAUGCUUUUUUGGUGGGAGAGAAUGAACUUAAUGGACCUUUCCCGGGGCACUUCUUUGAGCAAUGUGAUAGAUUGAGUGCAGUAAUGGUCAAUAUCAGCUACAACAGAAUGGCUGGUCAGGUUCCAGCUGACAUUGGUACCAGGUGCAAUUCUCUUAAAAUUCUGGAUGCAUCUGGGAAUCAGAUUGUUGGGCCCCUUCCCCUCAGUGUUGGGGAUUUGAUGUCUCUUGUUGCUCUUAAUUUGAGUUGGAACCUUAUGCAUGACCAGAUACCGACUAGUCUCGGGCAGAUAAAGAGUCUAAAGUAUCUUUCUCUGGCUGGUAAUAACCUCACUGGCUCUAUACCUUCCAGUUUGGGUCAGUUGCAGUUAUUGGAAGUGCUGGAUCUUUCUUCAAAUUCUCUCACUGGUGUGAUUCCAAAUAAUCUUGAGAACUUGAGAAGUUUGACUGCUCUUCUACUCAACAAUAAUAACCUCUCCGGACAUAUUCCCUCUGGUUUGGCAAAUGUGUCCACACUCUCAUCAUUCAAUGUGUCCUUCAAUAACUUGUCUGGGCCAUUGCCCUCAAGUAAUAAUUUGAUGAACUGCAGUAGCGUUCUUGGAAACCCUUAUCUAUAUCCUUGCAAGGCAUUUUCCCUGACAGUUCCAUCUUCAGAUAUGCGGGGGGUUGCGGAUCCACUGAAUUAUGCUGCAGGCCCAGUGGAAAGUCCAGUAAGUAGUGGGAGCCCUGGCUUCAAUUCAAUUGAGAUAGCAUCCAUAGCAUCUGCAUCGGCUAUUGUGUCAGUUCUUUUAGCUCUGAUUGUCUUAUUCUUCUACACCAGAAGAUUGAAUCCACAAUCCAGAAUAGGUUCUACCAGAAAGGAAGUAACAAUUUUCACAGACAUUGGAGUUCCAGUAACAUUUGAGAAUGUUGUACAAGCCACAGGAAAUUUUAAUGCAAGCAACUGCAUUGGGAAUGGAGGUUUUGGGGCAACUUAUAAGGCUGAGAUCUCACCGGGAGUCUUAGUGGCAAUAAAACGGCUUGCUGUCGGACGGUUUCAAGGGAUUCAACAGUUCCAUGCUGAAAUUAAAACCCUUGGAAGGCUUCGGCAUCCGAAUUUAGUCACUUUAAUUGGUUAUCACGCAAGUGAAAUGGAAAUGUUCCUCAUUUACAAUUAUUUGCCUGGGGGCAAUUUGGAAAAUUUUAUCCAGGAAAGAUCCACAAGGGCUGUGGAUUGGAGGAUACUUCACAAGAUUGCUUUGGAUGUUGCCCGUGCUCUUGCCUACCUUCAUGAUCAGUGUGUACCACGUGUCCUACAUCGUGAUGUCAAGCCCAGCAACAUCCUGUUGGAUGAUGAUUUCAAUGCUUAUUUAUCCGACUUUGGCUUGGCAAGGCUUCUAGGCACUUCUGAAACCCAUGCCACUACCGGAGUAGCUGGGACAUUUGGAUAUGUUGCUCCAGAAUAUGCAAUGACUUGCCGGGUUUCUGAUAAGGCUGAUGUCUACAGUUAUGGGGUUGUACUUCUUGAGCUACUUUCGGACAAGAAAGCUCUAGAUCCCUCAUUUUCCUCGUUUGGCAAUGGUUUUAACAUUGUCGCAUGGGCGUGUAUGCUCUUGCGGCAAGGUCGGGCCAAGGAGUUUUUCACGGCUGGAUUAUGGGAUGCAGGCUUUCACGAUGAUCUGGUAGAGGUUUUACACUUAGCAGUUGUAUGCACGGUUGACUCUCUUUCUACUAGGCCAACAAUGAAACAAGUUGUACGGCGGCUGAAGCAACUCCAGCCUCCUUCAUGCUAGUGUCUUCAUAAGACUUUGUUCGUUAACAUAGUUAUUUGUAGAAGGUAAGCCCAUUGUAAUUUAUGCUUCUCAGGCUGUAUUGUCCGUGGCUGCCUUGUAGGUAGAGUUCUCAACUGUAGUUAAUUCCACUUGUAAAUUUUAUUGUAAUUUUGCACCAAUUUUUCUAUGCCAUUUUUCUGAUUGGGGGCCUUACUGAUGCAUCUGCAGAAGAAUGCAGAUGCCUGUUUCAACUUACACAUGUAAUUUUAGUAUCAUUUGUUGUUUAAUAAAACCAUCGAAUAUUGUUACUUUCUGAGAAA